GGAUCGUUUAAGCAUUUGACAUGGCUGUUUAAAUACCCCGUUAAUUAACAGCAUUGUUCCAUAGGAGGAAAAAAAGCUUUAUAGUCGGCGGGGUGUGCAGGGACACCAUGGCUUGCACUGUAUGGUUCCUAUGUAAAAGAGACUGUGGGUUUUAGGCUUAAUCAGCAGUGAAGCCCAACUGCAUACCGUCAGAAAAUAGGUUCAGUGAAUAAUUUCAACUGAUUAUAAAUAGCAUUCUUCUCGCAACAGGACACUAUUCUCACGGGUUGCUUUAAUAAUACAACAUCUGAACGAGCGCGUGGAGGCACCUGGGAAGCUCACACGGACACAUGCACGCCGAUGGCAACGAGGAAGACCUCAUCCCGAGACUGACCAAAUCCGACCGAUUUUCAACGGUCCCGGUGUUCCGUCUGUGUGGCAUCGAUUCAGAGGUGAAUUGCACACACUAAAAUGACCCAACCUUCGGCACAGUCCACCAUGGAGCUGGAGCAGAGCUGCAGUAGGAUAUCCAAAAAGAGCAUGAUCACCAAAAUAUUUAAAGUUCGCAAAAGGAGAGAGAUGCUGUUCGUGCAGGUGUGCUUCAUAUGCAGCGUCCUGUCCGUGACGUGGUGCAUGUCAGCGUUGCUCACAAAAACAGGUCAUGGGCUGGUGCUUCAGGAGGGGUUUGAUGCACCCAAAGAUCAUCUGGGCAGAAGACUUCUGGCCACAGUAGGAGACAAUGAGACUGAGGAAAAGAACUGCACAGAGCCAGCCAUCCAUGAGUUUCCUGAGGAUGUGUUCUCCAACAGACAGCGUAAGCAAGGAGCUGUACUUCUGCACAUAUUUGCGGCUCUAUAUAUGUUUCUGGCCCUUGCCAUUGUUUGUGAUGACUACUUUGUGACUUCUCUAGAGAAGAUUUGUGAGAAACUGCACAUGAGUGAAGAUGUAGCAGGAGCGACCUUCAUGGCAGCCGGAAGCUCCGCUCCUGAGCUGUUUGCUUCUAUAAUUGGUGUAUUUAUUACACAUGGAGAUGUAGGGGUGGGCACCAUUGUAGGCUCAGCUGUGUUUAACAUCCUGUGCAUCAUCGGUGUCUGUGGGAUAUUCGCUGGACAGGUUGUUUAUCUGACCAAGUUUUCCGUGUUCAGAGACUCCAUCUACUACAUUUUUUCUGUGGUCGCGCUUAUUGCAUUUAUUUAUGAUGGGAAGAUUGUGUGGUGGGAGAGUCUGGUGCUGAUCAUCAUGUAUGUUGGCUACAUCAUCAUCAUGAAGUUUAACUCUAGCAUGCAAAACUACUUUGCUGGGAAGGAGGAUAAGAGUGUCGCCAAUGGUAAUACGGUCAUCAGCGAGAUGGAAGAUGGUAAUGCAUAUUAUCAGCAGUUUUGGGAUGAUCCAUCCUGGCCGUUACUUAGUCGAGUAAAGCCUAGUAAAACAUGCACUCGGGUGUCUGUGGUGAGGGUGGAUGAGAUGAUAAAUUCUAGUCCUCCGCACUAUCGCUUCCCUGAAGCCGGCCUGAGGGUCAUGAUCACCAACCACUUUGGGCCCAAGACACGUCUGCGUAUGGCAAGCCGCCUCAUCAUAAACGAGCAGCAGCGGCUAAUGAAGACUGCUAAUGGUGUGGACGCAGUGCUGGUUGCUGAUAAGACAACUGACACUAUGGAAAAUGGCAAUGUAAUGGAGGACAAGCUCACUGAGGAGCCGGAGAAUGAGAUAUCAUCUCCCUUCAGCCUUCCUGGGGGCUGUAUGGAUAGAGUCAAGCUUUUCAUCUCCUGGCCUAUUUUGGUUCUGCUAUAUUUCACCGUGCCCAACUGUGCCAAGCCACGCUGGGAGCACCUCUUCAUGUUGUCCUUCUUCCUCUCUACACUGUGGAUUGCCAUCUUCUCCUACUUCAUGGUGUGGAUGGUCACAAUCGUUGGAUAUACACUUGGAAUCCCAGAUGUUAUAAUGGGUAUCACUUUCCUGGCUGCUGGCACCAGUGUUCCAGAUUGCAUAGCAAGUCUUAUUGUUGCACGGCAAGGCCUGGGGGACAUGGCUGUCUCCAACACGAUUGGCAGUAAUGUCUUUGAUAUCCUGGUUGGACUCGGCGUUCCCUGGGGCAUCCAGACAAUGGCUGUCAACUACGGCUCUGUGAUUCAGAUCAACAGUAGAGGAUUGGUUUACUCUGUGGUGCUGCUACUGGGCUCGGUGGCUUUAACUGUGUUGGGCAUCCACGUGAACAGGUGGAAGCUGGACUUUAAGCUGGGCAUGUAUGUGCUUGUGCUGUAUGCCGUCUUCCUGUGCUUUUCCGUCAUGAUUGAAUACAACGUCUUCACUUUUGUCAACCUGCCCAUGUGUCAAGAGGAUCUGUAAGGCCAGAGGAUUUCCACUGGCUUGGAACCAAAUUACCUCCGGGUUGGACAAACACCCACACAAUAUGCCCAAAAUCCCCAACGAAUGUCCUGUUAAUGCAAUUUCUCAAAAACAUUAAAUCUCACUACUGAGGUGCUACCAUUCAACAAAACCAUUGUCUCCUACUUGCAUAUCCUCACCACUGUGGCUCAGAAGGUGUUACUGUAUUUCCAAGAAAAACUGGUGCUUUAAACUUCUCCACAUCAGUUCCAGGAAAUGACAUUCUCCUCGGCAGCCCUAUUUAUAACGGGAUACUCUUCUGAACCUCGGACAAUUGUGAUGCACCCCUCUAAUGUUUUUACUGGAUUAUUCAGUACAGUGAUUUCAAACGACACAAUUACAUCACAAACUGCACAUAUACACCAAUGACAGAAUGCUGCUCAUUUCCAUAUGCAUUAGCAAUCUACAUUUUCCAACUUCCUUUAGACUGUAUGACAUGAACAUAUACAUAAUGCACUUUAUAUAUGGCAUACGACAUCUAUAUCAUACUAAGUUAUGUCCACCAGUAUGAAAAAUCUAAGUAUGUCCUUGAUGUGGUGCAAUAAAGAGAGAGAUUAUGUUUAAUUGCUGCCCACGGGCAAAAGAUUUCUUCAGCUCGUUACACAGAUUUUUUUGAGAAAUGAAAAGCUUUCAUCAAGUUACAGAAUAACAGAUGUGGAACAUAUUCUAUAUAGAUCAUGCAACAGGAUGAGAUCUUAUGGAAUUCUAAUGAGCGGGACGAUAUAUAGCCUGCUGGAAGAGAGGUCAUCAAGAGGGGAGCAGCUUCUAACACAUUGGAAUUGAAGCUGUCCAAUUGGAAACGUUUUGAUUUCCCUUUUAUAAUUAUAUGCACCCUGCAUUAUCUAAUGAAUCUAACCAAUCAUGAAAGCACACAUCAGAAGCUGCUGCUCACCUCUUUCUCAGCCCAGGGCAGACAACUCUCAGGAGAGCAAUUUAUAUUGCGUGUUUUGUGGUGUGGAAGACUGAUAACUGCAGCUGCUUUAAUAUUUCGCACAACAUACAGACUAGAUUAUAAACGGGGAUCUUGGAGUUUUGCAAAAAUGCUACAAAUCGAUGCAUCUGUUGUUUAUAUGUAAAUAUGAUAUAAAUGAUCCUGUGUAAAACAGUGCUUCCUUACAGAUGGGAGGGGGGUGGAUUUACAUGUGUGACCCAAGCGGUUACUUUUUCUUUAUUUACAGUGCACCCUGACCUCACACUCUGGAACUUUUAUUAUUGUUUGUGUGUAAUGCAUGAUUUGGCACAAAGAAGCCAUUUUUCGAAAGUGCAUAAGCUGUAUGAGCUCACAGUCCAUGUCCCUGCAAGGGCAAAUCUCACAAAAAAUGUCCAAGUCAUAUUUACAUAGAAAAUUAUAUUUUGCAUAAAGAAACCUGUAUUUAGGGCUAUCAAGAUUUUCUGCAUUAUUUUAAUGACAAUUAAGCACAUUUUCAACCCAAUUUCUCAUUACGGUAAUAUGUCUGGAGGUUUUACUUUUGAUAUAAUUAUUAUUUUUCAAUUGGCAUAAAAGGUAUUACAACAAAUUCUAACAUGAUGUAUAAAAAUGACAAUUGAAAUAAUAUAUCUAUAUAUGAUAAUGCAAAUUGGAGCGGGCUGGAAGAGUUCACCAAAAAAAUUAAGUUCUCUCAUUCACUCACCCUCAUGCCAUUCCAGAUGUGUAUGACUUUUUCUGCAGAAAACAAGUGAAGUUUUUUAGAAGAAUAUUUCAGCUCUGUAAGACCAUACAUUGCAAAUCAACAGGGUCCAAAACUUUGAAGCACAAAAGCAGCAUAAAAGUAAUCCAUAUCUUUAGAAGAGAUAUGAUAGGAUGUGGGUGAGAAACAGAUCAAUAUACAAGUACCUUUUCCCUGUAAAAUCUCAUCCCUGGAGAAAUGCACGAAGAAUGUGAAUCACCAAAAAACAAAGACGAUCUUUUGGGAUAGAAGAGUGCUUAGGAGGGCUGUUUAAAAGUGAAGAUUUAUUGUAAAAAAAGAACUUAAAUAGUGAUCCGUUUCUCACCCACACCUUUUGUAUUGCUUCUGAAGACAUGGAUUAAACCACUGGAGUCUUUAUGUUCUGCCUUUAUUUGCUUUUUGAGCUUCAAAGUAUUGGACUCUAUUAACACUCACUGUAUGGAUGUACAGAGCUGAAAUGUUCUUCUUAAAAAUCUUAGAGUUAAGCAGAAGAAAUAAAAACAUACACAUCAAAGAUGGCAGCAGGGUGAGUGAAGGAGAGCAUUUUCAUUUUUGGGUGAACUAUCCCUUUAAUUUUUGUAAAAAUAAUGCAAAAAACACAAUGCAAAAAACUGUCCUAAAAAUAGGAAUUAUUUUCUGUAAGCAAAGUAAAAUUUUGGAUUUAUUUCUUUUAAUUUUGUUGUGAAAUAUGACCCGGACAUAUUCUUGACUGGUUUCCCAAUAUGACCCAUAAAUGGCAGCUACUGGACCCCCAUUCACUGGGACCCCCAUUCACUGGGAGCAGGCUCAGGAGAUCUGAACUUGAGUUUAGGGAGGUGUUUUUGUCACUCGUGGAAACUGUCUUCGUAAAGUGCUAAGAGGUGCCGUCACUGUUGUUGUUGUUGCGGUAUUUGAUGUACACAGUAUAUAUGAUAUAUGCAAUCUCAGUCGGCGAGGGCCGAGUACGGGGGAUUUAUAUUUUCAUACAGCCAUGUUUGUGAAAGCUGCUGCAAUCGCCCACUGCUGUUACACAUGCAUGCAAAGUCUGUCAUCUAAUCUCACAUCACAUAAUUGCCAUUCUGUAGAAUGUCAGCUUUAGUUUAUUGUGACUAUGUGCUGUGUGAAAUGAUGGUGAUGUCAUGUAAUUACUUUUUCUCUUUUGUGGUUUCUAAGUGGUGAUCUGAUCUGCAUGAUGAUUAUUCAGCUGAAAUAUGUACACUGUAUGGAUGAUGGGAGGUGCAAUGAAAGCUGCUUCUAAUGCCUGGUUGCCAUGAUUUAUAGUUGCGAAGAGAAAGGCAGGGUUUAGAAGUCUUUUUUCCAGCAUUACAUUUUUCUUUGGUGCCUGUAAGUUAUUACCAAACUUGUUUUUGUUUUUUUCCUCUCCAUUGUGUAUGGUUGUUGUUUUGGGCCGAGACAUCUCAACCAGUGCAACUGAGAGGAAUGGGUUCAUUUAUAAGAGAUUUAUUUGAAUCUACACUGAAUAUUUUUGUCAGCAUUCAAUCCUAAAGGUAUAGUUCACCCAAAAAUUACAAUUCUUGCAUCAUUUAGUCACCCAUAUGCAGUUCCAAAUCUGACUGACUUUAUUCAGUGGAUGUUUAGCAGAAUGUACAUGCUUUUAUAUACAAUGAAAGGGGAUUUGUACUGGCUCUGUCAAGCUCCAAAUAUGACCAAACCGAACCGUAAAAGCAUUCCAUACAACUUGUGCACUAUAUUCUAAGUUAUCUGAAGACAUACAAUAGCUUUGUGUGAGGAACAGGCUGAAAUUUAAGUUUCACUGAUAAUCUUCCCCUCCUUCGUAGCGCUCAUCUCAUUUGCACUUGCAUUCAAUUCAAGCAUAGUGCCUUAAAACAUGAUGUUAGAUGUAAGUGAUGAGACACAACAACCAAUGAUGUUUGAUGUAGAUGUUAAAAAGGAUGCAAAAUCUUGACAUGCUGAAUUAGAGGGACUGUGGAGUGAAUAAGUACCAAAAUUUGGAUGUGUUUCUCACUCAAAUCUAUCAUAGGGCAUUUUAUGGCAUGGACAAGUCAUUUGGUCAACUUUUAGAAUAUUUUAUGGAGAUUUUUGUCAUUAUUUGGAGCUUGACAGCCUCAGUCACCAUCUACUUUCAUUGUAUGGAAAAGAGUAGUGUGAACAUUCUCGAAUCGUCAAAAAUUAUCUCGCCUUUUGUGUUACACAGAAGGUAGAUCGUAGGCUUAGGAAAGUCAUGAAUGUGAGUAAAUGACACGGUUUUCAUUUUUGGAUGAACCAACCUUUUAACUUGGUUGCAAAUAAUUUGUGCCAUGCUUGAUGUAAAUGCUAUCAUUAUAUUUGAACAGAGAUUAGUAUUUUUUUUUACAUUUAAUUGUAUUUUAAAAACUACUGCCUCUGAAGUGACUUGAAACAUUAUCAAACCACCCCAGAGUACAUGACUUUGUUGCCAGUUGUAUAGCACUCUCACAUGAAUCAUCUUGAAAACUCAUUAUAUGCCUCUUCCAAGGGGAAACACUUAAAGGAAAAUGCUUCAAAUGACUUCAAUCUCUUACGCAUGAAUAUACACACACGUAUGAGAUAACUUCUCAUGCAUUGUCUUUAUUAAACACACAUGCACAGAUACAUGUGCAACUGCUUCAAGACUGACUUUCUGCACUGAGUGGAUUGGCAUAUAGUAUACUUUCAUCCAAACAAGUGUAGGAGUAGAGAUCUUAAUGAAUGAUGUUGGUGUGUAACAUGAAUGUAUAUUGUCUUACAAGCAAUGGGUGUAUUCAACCAGUGCAUUUUACUAUAAAGCAAUAAUCUAAAAAGAAUAUGAACAACAAUAUAUGAAUCAUACGAGUAUUGUAUGGAGAGAAAAUAUUAAAUUCUACAGUUUAUAAAUGUUUCUUGGG